AUGGGGAAAGUCAACCAAUUAGUGUCCUCAGACUUCAUCCUGGUUGGCCUGUUCAGUCGUUCAGGGUCACCUCAGAUUUUCUACUCCCUGGUGGCUGCCAUGUUUAUCCUGGGCCUUGUGGGCAAUGCCCUUCUGCUCUUGUUAAUCCGAGUGGACUGCCACCUCCACACACCCAUGUACUUCUUGCUCAGCCAGCUCUCUCUGUUGGACAUUGGCUUCCCCCUGGUCACCAUCCCCAAGAUGGCUCUGCUGGGAGAAGAUUCCAUCUCCUUUGGUGCAUGUGCAGCUCAGGUCUUCUUCCUGACGCUCAUGGGUAUGGCUGAGGGCAUCCUGUUGGCGCUCAUGUCUUAUGACCGUUAUGUUGCUGUGUGCCACCCAUUGCAGUAUCCUGUGCUCAUGAGAACCCAGGUGUGUCUGCUCAUGGUGGGCUUCUCCUGGCUAGCUGGUGUGCUCAACGCCUCUAUCCAGACAUCUGUCACCCUGCACUUCCCCUACUGCACCUCCCGCAUCGUAGACCACUUCUUCUGUGAGGUGCCAGCCCUGUUGAAACUCGCCUGUGCAGACACCUCAGCCUAUGAGCUGGCGCUGUCCACCUCGGGGGUGCUGAUUCUCCUGCUGCCACUUUGUCUCAUCACCACCUCCUAUGGCUGUGUGUUGCAGGCCAUCGUGAGCAUGCGUUCAGAGGAGGCCCGACACAAGGUCUUUGCCACCUGCUCCUCGCACAUCUCUGUAGUGGGACUUUUCUACUGCUCAGCCGUGUUCAUGUACAUGGUACCUGGUGCCUACCACAGUCCGCGCCUGGACAAUGUGGUCUCUCUCUUCUACAGCCUUGUCACUCCAACACUCAACCAGCUUAUCUACAGUGUGAGGAACCCUGAGGUGCAUGUAGCUUUCAUCAAAGCCCUCAGCAGAGUUGGACUCAAGUAA